GGUUAAAUAUUUCAAGCGUUUCAAUACUAGGAAGAUUUUUUGUUUAUUUUCUUUGUUUUAUAUUUGAUUUUUGCGUCUAUAUAUAAGUCUAUUUGAUCACAGUUGUUCAAAAUGAGACGAAAUUCAACAAAAACUGAACGUUCUAGGUCAGAUUUUAAAGUGGUGAAGAAAUGCACUGAAUGUAGUAAAGAGAUUCCAGUAGCUUGCAAAAUGUGUCCACUGUGUAAAUGUUACGUAACUCCAGCAAAAUCUGUCAAAACUCCAAAAGAUGAUGACAAAGAGGUUGAUGCUAAGAUACGAAGGACAGAAAGAAUUCGUAGAGAAAGACCCGACUUCUUUAAUGCCAUGAAAGUUGAUAAUCAGUUUAAAAAGAAAAGGAAAAGAAAAGAGAGUACAGCCAGUAUAUCUAGUAUUGGUAGCACAAGUACAGCACCUAAACCUACCACAAUCCCAGUGAAGGUUCCCACAGAUGAUGCUGAUGCUCCAAAGAGAAGAAGAGGUCGGCCGAAAAGUGUUGCUAGUGUAUGUGCUAGUAUAGAUCCUUCAGAUAAAGGUUCAGAAACAAAAUCACCUCUACCAGAAGAAGACUGGUAUGCCAACCUUCCACCAGAGAAAUUCAUGCAGUACAAGAUAAUUCUGGCAGAAAUCAACAGGAAGUUCUCUACACAAAAUUUCAAACCAGUCUGAGGAAAAAAUGAAAACCAGAGCUUAAUUUGAAACAUAGACUGUGAUUAUUUCUUAUGUAGAAAUCAUAGUGAAAUUGACUAUGUUCACUUUUGAAAAAGAGUUUUUCAAGGACCAAAAUGUGUUCAUUUAAAAACUAAGGAGAAAUUGUCUUGCAGAAAUGGUGUAAAUCAGUGCAAUAUGUUAAUUUAGUGGAUGUUGAAUAUAAUAAUAUAAGAGCCUGUUUUAACAAGAUAAAAAUGUGUAUACUUAUGAAUAUGCAUAAAUUUUAUAUAUGAAAAUGUAUUCAGAUAUUGUAUUGCCCAAGAUGCAUAUAUUUAACCGAAAUUAAAUUCCUGGAGAAAAGAACUAUAUUUUUUCUUGGCAACAUUGUGAAAAUGUUUACACAUACAUUGUUAUGACUUUAAACUGUGUGUAAAUUGGAGUAUUUCACAUGUAGAAAUUUUGGCCUCUGCAUAACUAGAUGCACCUUUAAUUUACAUAUCUAAUUUAGUUACAGUUAUUUUGAUAAACAAUGUAUCACUAUGUAACUAAAAGUGGAAUAAUCGGGUCAUGAUGUCAAGUUGUACACAGACACUUAUAAAAACUUGUAUUUCUUUGAGAAAAGUGUCAUUUUUAUAUGUUUAUGGACCAGAAUGCGUUAGAGGAUAUUGCCAAUUUAUAGUAUUUUUUAAGAGGGUAUAAAACUAUAUCUAUUGUAAUGUUUGUUAAUUUUAUAAUUGCAUAUGGAGUAAUGUUGUUCAAAAUCUUACGUUUUUAUUUAGACAUCAGAUAUAUAACUUUUUACUUUUUGAAGGGAUAUCACUGAGGUUUUUUUAACAUGACAGGACAGGAAUUUAAAAAAAAAAUUGUCCCACUUGACGAAUAAUCUUUUUAGAAAAUCAUUUGCUCAAGUUGAGGAACUAACACACAAAUGAAAAGCAUUCUAAAGGUUUUAAUUCAAAUCGGUUAUGAAUGACACAAUUUUUUUGGGGGGGAUUUAUUAAUUCUGAGAAUAUUUCUUUGUAACCUUGUGUACAUUUUCUGUUUUAAGUGCCCAAGUAGAUCUAUAUAGGAAUUUUGAAUUUUGUUUUCAUAUUUUUGGACCUCAGUGGAGCGCCUUUUAAGUUGGAAACUUUGUAACAGAAUAAAAUAGAAAGUGGUGUGUAGUAUUUGUAAAAACAUUUUUAUGCUGUAGUUGUAUAUAUUUUCUCUCUCAAAUUUUGUUUUUGUGAUAAUUAUAUUGUUUAUUGUAUUGAAGAUAUUGAUAAAACUUACAUUUUGAAAUAAAUGGAAUUUGAAAAGUUGUAUAA